UAUCAGGUACUAUAUAAGCUGUCUUUCCUCAAUUCCGCCAUUCAAAAGGGAAAAAGAAGGAUAAAAGAGCGCGAAAACCCUAGCUUAUAGUCUCUAGCUACGGCAUGUCAAUUCCACCGGAAUCUCCUUCUGAACAUAACGAAGAAGCACCGGAACAAGAAUUUCAGAGCAGUACUCAUCACCCUCCUGCUCCUUCCGGUGAGCUAUUUGAUAUAACAACCACAGUUGAUCCUGCUUAUAUAAUAUCUUUGAUCCGGAAGCUCCUACCAGAAAAAAAUGUGAAGCAUGGAGAGAGAAGCAAGAUAACCACAUCUUCUCCACCUGAGAAUGAAGAAGGCCAGAGUUGGUCUAUUGAUGAGUCUGAAAAUGUGAAGAAUGUUGAAACUUUUGUCAAACAAUCAGUAGAUGACAAGUUCUAUUGUCAAAAUGAGCAUGAGGAUGUGGCAGUAGGAGAAGAGGCUUGGGAAGAGUUUGGCUGUAUUUUAUGGGAUCUAGCAGCUAGUAAAACUCACGCUGAAUUCAUGGUUGAAAACUUUGCUCUUGAAGUGCUUUUGGCGACUCUGAUGGUCUCAAAAUCUGUUCGGAUUACUGAAAUUAACCUUGGUAUUAUUGGGAACCUAGCUUGCCAUGAUGUGUCACGGAAAAAAAUCACUACUACAGAUGGUCUGAUUGGAGCAGUACUGCAACAAUUGUUUCUAGAUGACACAGCAUGUCUCUGUGAAGCAUGCCGGCUGAUAACUUUAUUUCUUCCAAGCAACGAAAGUGGUUUUUUGGCAGAAGCACUGCAACCUGAACAUAUUUUAUGUCGUAUUUUAUGGAUUGUAGAGAACACUUUGAACAUUCAGCUUCUUGAGAAGAGCAUUAAUCUUCUCUUAGCAAUAGCAGAAAGUAAGCAGGAUGUGGUUGCAAUACUACUACCACCACUGAUAAAAUUAGGUCUCCCACGGAGUCUGGUUGAUCUCCUAUCUGUUGAGAUAAGCAAGUUAACCCCUGAAGAAAGAUCACCUGAAAGGUAUUCCAUUCUAGAUUCGAUUCUUCAGACUGUUGAAGCGCUUUCAGUCAUUGAUGAUUAUUCACAAGAAAUCUGCUCAAACAGGGAACUCUUCCAACUACUUGUUCAAUUGAUCAAGCAUCCAGAUAAAGCUGAGUUUGCCAACUCUUGUGUUACUGCUUCAGUUUUGACAGCAAAUAUUCUGACUGAUGCAACUGAUCUGGCUUUAGAGAUAUCACAGGACACACUUUUCUUACAGGGUCUACUUGGUGUGUUUCCUUUUGCUUCUGAUGAUAUUGAAGCACGGAGUGCAAUUUGGAGCAUUCUUGCAAGGUUGCUGGUGCGAAUUCAAAAAACUGAUCCGUCAAAUCUGCACCAGCAUGUCUCAGUUCUCACAAGCAAGUCAGAGGUGGUUGAGGAUGAACUUCUUAUCUACAAUGUUGAUGAUUCCAGCGAGGACCAUAGAAGUUCCACCAAAUUAACAGCAAGAACAUUUGCUCUAAACGGAAUUGUUGAAAUUUUAAGUCGAUGGAAAACCCUCGACGACCACAUGAAGGGAGCCCUUUCUAUGGAGGGAUGCUAUGUGAAUGAAGGAGAUGUUGAUAAAAUGUUGCACUACUGUUGCAAAUACACCAAUAAAUGACACAGGUAUACUGUGGGACGAGAACUCAUGAAAGAUCCAACCAUUGAUUGAUAAAUUUUAACAUGAUGAAGUAUGAUGCAUGCUCAUGAUUUAUCUGGGCAAUCUAGGGGUGGUAAAACAGCUAAAAGGGAAUGACCUCACUUCAGGAUAUCUCUCUGAAAGGAUCCGUGGAGAAGUGGUUUGGCUGAUGUUGUAGAAGUGGCACAAUAUAAAAGUGUUGGCUUGGUUUAACAUCCUGGAGAAUCUCUUCUUCUUCACUCGCAAUACAUGGUACUGAUUGAUUCUAUGAGCCUUCGUCCCAGCUUACUGUUAGGUAUCUGGCCUUGAAACUUAGGUGGCUUGGAAAACUGUCCCAUGUGGAGGUUAUCGCCAUUCCAUGCAACAAUUCUUGUAAGCGUUGUGCAGUUUGCCCAAUUCGCUGUUUACUUGUAGAAUAGUUCCAGAGGUUGGUGGUGAUGACACGGUUGCAUCUAUGAUGAAAUCGGGCAGGACUCAGAAUCCAAUUUUGCUGCAUGGUACUGUCGUUUGGGUUACUCUUUGGUGGAAAGGAAAAACAUGGAGUUCCCGUCCAGUACUCUUCUUCUGUUGUCCGUAUAUCCGCUUAAGUUUAUUUAUCAUGGACAAACUAAAACUUGUUUUUCUGA